AUGACGACAUUUCCGUUAUCUUUAGGUGCGGAAGACCAAGGGAGUGAUUGUCUUUACGUAUCUCGUCUCACCGGCAAAGAUUCGCCUCAAUGUGGCUCUUUUGCUGUGCCCUGCCGGACAUUACCACAAGCGCUACUUCUAGUAAACGAUGGUGGAAAAAUUUGCCUCAAUGGAAUAAACAGUGAGUCAAAUCCAUACGAAUGUUUGAAAACGGUUGGUCCCAAUGGAACGAAAUUGAGAGCUGUGGGGAAAAGAGUAUCGAUACAAGGUGUGUCCUCCCCAGCACACAUUUCAUGUGGCCUAGUAUUUGCAUCAAGGUUGAAAUAUGGCUCUGUCAAGGUUUCUUUCUCGAACCUUGUAUUCAACAAUAGUAGGUAUGGAUUAGUUUUCUUUAAUGUGCCCUCCUAUCAUGUCGUCAUCUCCGACUGCAAAUUUAUCAAUUGCUAUAAGGCCAUUUCCAUGUUGUGGUAUAGAAGUCAGGUUUCUUCUUUCAUCAAUCAAAAGUCUUCACUUGAGGUUACUGAUAGCGAAUUCCGCAACAACACAUACGGCAUAGAAUUCGGUCCAAAGUUCAAAAACGGUUCCCAUAAAGUUUCUUUGUCAAACCUUCUUGUCGACAAUGGCACGUAUGGUGUAUUCCUGGUCAAUGUGUCCUCCUUUGAUAUCGUCAUCGCCAAAUGCAAGUUUUUCAACUUCUCAGAGGCAGCCGUUGGUCUGUUUUGGAAUGAGAUUAAGUACGUCAUCCGUGAAAAGAGUAGUCUUGUAGCCACUGAUAGUAAAUUCCGGUAUAAUGCAAAAUCUAUUCUUGUCAUGCUCCCUAACGACUUCUUUGAGAUGACCGUAUCAAGAUGUCUUUUCCAGAAUGCGAAGGGACGAUUUCAUGUUAUAAAUGAUGAUAGAAGUAUAAAAGGUGACGUGUUUGUCCGUUCCCAAGCUAGUUCCGUUACAACGUAUCCUAUCCGCGUGUUAGUCUCAAUUACUGACUCUAUUUUCCAAGACCUGGGUCACAAAGACAACAGCUUCGCUGUAUCCGUAAGAGUUGACAACCUCUUUGGUGAUGGGAAUGUAUCAUUAUUUAACACGUCGUUUCUUAACAACGAAAAUUCUCUCUUUGUGCACGGCGGGUUUGGAGUAAAUUUGACUCACGUUACGGUUCAUUCCACAUACGGGUAUGCUAUCAUGGCCAAUGCUCCCCCUAAAACAUUAAUCAAAGCACCAGGUGUAAAGGUCUUCCUUGAAAGGUGUGUCUUGGUGAACAACCGGAUUGGCAUAAGGAUGUCAACGACUACUUGUUUAACUAAUACGAACGACUUUUGUUCAACGGGCGACCAAACGCUUGUUGUAAAAAACAGUCUU